GCAUUAAAAGUCUUCGCCUACCCUCUAAUUCUUUCUCUUCAUAAUUUCAUACAACUCUCCUCCAUAACAUUCUAGUAUUCUACUUCUCUGCCACCUAUAAAACGCCUUUUGCUUCUUCUCACUCUCACUCUUUUCUUUCUCACUUUUGGAUCCAAUUCAAAGAGCUCUAUAAUUCAGAUCUUUUUGGUGGGCAAAUCCGUUUUUCGUCACCAAAUUAAUGGCUCCACUUAGAAAGGUACUUGUGCUUUAUUUGGUUCUGUUAUUUUUGGCUUCGGUUCUUCUUUGUGCUUGUUCGGAGAAUUCAAGGUUUGUUGGUAGAAGAAAAAUGUUGGGAGUAGAGGAAAAUGAUGAUGAAGAACCAAUUGUUAAGCCUAAGAAGAAAAUCUCCAAUACCCUUUCUUCAGAAAAUCAAACCAAACUCAUCAAAACCAAUCUCUCCUCUAAAAACCAAACCAACCCACUUAAAACCCAAAACCUUUCAACCAAAAACCAAACCAAGAUUAGUAGCACUAAAAAAACCAAUUCCACCAAGACAACAACCUUAUUAUCAUCAAAUGCUAGCAGUACCAAGAUUGAGCUAAAGAAGCUCAACUCCACUUCCAAAAUCAAGAAGCUAAAUUCCACGUCAUCAUCAAAAACCUUUAACUCCACAAAACUCUCCACCAAGAAAAUCUUAGAUCCCAUCUCACCCAAGAACACAACAACAACAACAACCAAGAAAACCCAAAACUUAAAAGCCCAAAAAUCAGCUGAGAAAAAACCCAUGAAAUCAGAAGCCUCAAGUUGGGUUGAUCUAGAGGACGAAACCGAUUUGGUGUCGGAAUUUUCAGAUUUGCCCAUGAAGUUUCAAAAAUCUCUGAUCCCGGACUUGGAAAAGAUCUCUACCACAUCUAAAGCAUACCUCAACCAAGCCAACAAGCAAAUCACGAAAGGAUUCAAACCAAUCGUCGGCAACAAAUACGCGCCCACCAUAGCCUCCCUGGUCUCGUUCGCAUUCAUACUAAUCCCUCUACUCUUAGUCUCUCUUAUCUUUAACAGAAUCAAGGCCUAUUUCUCCCUCCAAAAGCUCCUCAUCUUCAUCCAAGUUUAUCUCUCCAUCUACUUCGCAAUCCUCUGCUUGUCCUCGCUCGUCACGGGACUGGAGCCGCUCAAGUUUUUCUACGCUACUUCGCAGUCAACGUACAUCUGCCUCCAAGUCCUCCAAACGCUUGGCUACGUCCUCUACCUUCUCCUGCUCCUCAUGUACCUGAUUCUUGUCUUCUCCACCGACUGUGGGCUGGGCUCUAAGAUGCUGGGCCUGGCCCAGACCUUCGUGGGCUUCGCCGUCGGUCUUCAUUACUACGUGGCGGUGUUUCAUAGAGUCGUGCUACGUCAGCCGCCGAAAACUAAUUGGAAGGUCCACGGGAUAUAUGCCACGUGUUUCUUUGUGAUUUGUCUGUGCGCUAGAGCGGAGAGGAGGAAGAAGGCUUACUUGGAAGAUGGCGGUGAAGAGGGCAAGAAGAAUUAAUUUUUAUUUUUAUUUUUAUUUGUUUGGGUUUCUAUUUCUGGUAAUAAAUUAAUCUGGUGGUCCAAAUACCACAGUAAGCAGUCUGGUCUCCACCAAUGAGAUUCUUGGUAUACGUAUAUUAUACAAAGUAGAAUAAUAAUGAAUUUAUUAUUAGUCUACUUGAUUGGUGGUGACCAGCUAGCUUUCGAUUCCAUUCCUUUUUUUUCUUUCUUUUUUUCUUUUCUUUCUUUCUUUUGAAGGUUUAGAGUAUUAUAGGAGGAAUUUAAUCAUGUAAAGUAAUACCAUUGGCGAAGCAAAGUAAUUACAAUGGUGUUAUAAGCAAAAUUAGUGGAAGCAGUUUGCUAUACUUGAGUUUUUCUACAAUGGUUGUACUAUCGUAAACAUUAUUAAGCAUAGAAAAGAAAGUAAG